AUGAGUACUAGCCAGGAGCGCAGCAUCGGCUGUCCUUACCUGAGCCAGUUACUUGGUUUGAAUAAAUUCAAGACAUUUUUCGACCCAGACCCAUGUAUGAAGGCCGCCUUGAGUUCAGACCAAUUGAUACUCGGCACUUCAUCCAAGUCUGUUGAGAAACCUGGCCGACUCGUAGGGUUCAACAGCACGGUUCUUGCUUUACGUUUGAAGAGGACCUAUGGGGACGACGAAGACGACUUGAAAAAGAAAAGUCUAGGGCAAUUCUGUAGUCUUGGCAAAAGGACAGGAUCAGUCAAUGAAGAGCAUAUUCCACAAGAUUUUGACGUUUUAUUCUACUUCGAACGUUACCUGGACGCAACUCAAGUGCAGCGAUCGUUCUUAACCUGUGUGCAUGAAAGACUCGUCAUUUCAGAGCCGCAGCAUCUCUCUGCUCUGUCCUUGCAAGGGUUGUAUGGAUUUGCGCCCUGGAUUAUUGACAAUGCACAUAUCCCUGUGUAUCGUCUCUUCUAUCUUGCCCGGGGGAGAGAUCAUGAAUGCUCCACGGCAAACCUGCAAAUCGCACGACAGUCCUCCCUAAAGAGACGAGCUCAUUUACGAGUCAGGAUCCGUGCAAUCGCAGGGGUUCUUGCACUCAGAGCGGCAGUGUCAAAGUCAACCCCAGCAAUGGAUAACACUGAAUCAGAGGACUGGGAAUUGGGAAUUCCGCCUCCGUCUCUCACAACAGAUGAUGAUGUGCUGAAGGUAAUAGCUGGAGGUGCCCCCAAAUCCGCAAAUAUAUGUCAGCCUGGCUAG